GUCUAACUAAUACGUAUUGUAUCUAUCACAAGUGCUAAAAUGAUUCCCAACCCCAUUGAAAUUGUCUGCGUCCACGUGGUCCAACCGAUCAUUGAUUUUCUGGACUACAUGCUAAUGGAAGUCAACAUCGUCGCCUUCCUAGCUGCCGUUGCUUGCCUUGGAGUAAUAAUGGGACUCAUCCUUGGGAUCGUGACUUUUAUUUGGUUUAAAAUGUCACGGGACGAGGAAACUAAGAAGACUUGUCCAGGAGAGGGAAUGCCGGUCAAUGUAAAAAAGAACGACUAAUGUCGAUGUUUUAUCAACUUAUGUUUAUUUGAAUCAAAAUGUUAAUAAAAUGAAUGCGCUCUAAUUCGCCGUUUUUACAGAAUCUUAAAAACCUAACACAACAAAGGUCAAGUUGGUAACGCCUUUUCAGACAUCGCUAAGUACAUUUUAAUUUCCCGCAGG